ACAGAAAUAAUCUUGAAAUUGACAAAGAAAUUAUACAAGAUAAAAGUAAAGAAGAAUUAGGAAAAACAAAUGUUUAUUUAGAAAAAUAUAAUGAAUUAUUACGAAAAUAUGAAUAUUUAUUACAUUUUGUGAAAAAACAGCAUUCUGAUAUAGAAGACUUUUUUAAAAACAUACAAUGGGCUAGAAUUACUAUUCCUAUACUUUGGGAGAAUCCAUUUAAACAUUAUGAAAAUAAUGAAAUUGAUUCAUUAAGAAAAGUCAUAUGCUAUGAUUUGGAUGUAAAAGAAUAUUUUAAGAAAGGCAAGAUUCCUAUAAAGGAUCAUGAUUCGAUUCUUUUUUCCAUAUCUUAA